GCCGCCGCUGAGCGCCCGGGCGUGACUCAAAUAGCCCAUGGGCCGCCCUCCCGAGUCUCGCCUUUCUCUCCUCUUCUUCCCUUCCUUCCCCAGGCGACUUGGCGGGGUGGUCCAUCAGCAGGAUGGGCGCCCGCAGACUCAACUUGGUGGCGUUGGUGGCGGUCAUGGUGAUGGCCAGUAUGGUCGUCGCCGAGACCGCCACCGGCGCUGGUGCGGCUGUCUUCUUCCUCGCGGAGGAGCGCCGGGGCCGGCCGGUCAUGUCUCGGCAGCCCGGGCUCCGGACUGUGGAGCUGGCGGCGAGCAACGACCUUUUACUAUUCGGCAUGCGUUUCGACUGCAACUUGUCGAAUGCCUCGUCGGCCAAGUGUGCCGCGGUCACACGCGGCGGCGAGCCCGACCCCGUUCAUUUCUUGGAGCGCAGUUUUGUUUUGGCGUCUUUUUACGAAGAAGAAGAAGAGAAGAGCGAGGCGCGUCUGGCGCUGGCGACCACGACAGCCGAUCCGGGGCAACCCGUCGCUUACACGACUGCGACUGUGACAGCACGCAGGCGCCAGGCGACAAUGGUCUUGGACACGGCUGGACGGAGGCCAGCUCAUGACGCGACCGUCGGCUUCCCAGCUGACGGACUGGAUUCGGAUGACGAUACACGGCUUGAACGAUCGGCACCGACGCCGAGGGUGCAGGCCGCGGGCCCGAGCAGCAGCAUGUUCGCAGCGAAGCACGGAGCGAAGAGGAGGAGAGUGAUGACAGUGGACGACGACAACGAUGACGACGACCACGGCCGCACGACUUCCCUAGUACUUUCGGCCUCGAUGGUGGACUGGCCCGGUGGUGGCGCAACGCGGAGCCGACACGGCUUCGGGAUGGCAGCGCUGCUGCUGGGUCGAGUGUUCGGGCUCGCGGCAGCCCCGAGUGUUGGUGUGGUUCUCUAGCAUUGAUGAAGGGGCAGUGUCGGUCUGGGUCACACGGCAUCAUGUCGCAUCGUGUCGCAUCGUGUU